CGUGUAAACAGCGCAAAAGCCCCUAACAAACCGAGGUCCACCUGGCUGCCUGUCAUGAAAAACGCGUGAAAAGCGUUCACCCCGCGUUGUGGAUCAUCCAGGUUUCUCCUCCGCCGGCUCCGUGCCGCUCGGAGACGCCGCCGCGCCGCCGCCGAGCCGUGCGGUUUUCUACGGUGAGCCCGACCAGCGCCGCCAGCUGAAAGGCGAUCUGCAUGGAUCCAACGGGCUCUUAGCUGUGCUUUCAGUGGCUGGAGCGGCUCUCGAAGAACCAAUCUUCAAAAAUCGUUAAUUUGGUCUAAAUUUUGAAACCUACAACACUGAGGUGAUGAGUAAACGAGAAGGUGAGGGAUGUCCCAAGAGAAGAGCUGAGGCGGUGCAGGACGGUGACAUGACCUCCUCACCUGUCAUUGCUGCCUUCAAAGUUUUCCAGCAGGAGCUCGACACCAAACACGACAAAUACGAGCGCCUCGUGAAGAUCAGUCGAGACGUCACCAUCGAAAGCAAGAGGACAAUUUUUCUUCUGCACAGAGUGACCAGUGUACCAGAUGUGGAGGACGUUCUGAAGGAGUCGGAUGUAAAGCUGGAUGGCGUGCGGCAGAAGAUCGGCCAAAUCGCCGAGGAGCUGCGAGGAGAGGACAUCAAUCAGUUCCACAGAGCUUUCACACCAGGGGUCCAGGAGUACGUGGAGGCCGUGUCCUUCCAGCACUACAUCCGCCAUCGCACCCUUAUCAGCCUGGAGGAGAUCAAUGCCAGACUGGUUUUCAUGAAAGCAGAAAAGGUGGAUCCCAAGGGCUCAGCUGACAGCCUGCCAAUGGGAGCCCAGGUGCUGACCUUCCAGGUGAUGCCCUCCGACUACCUGCUGGGAGUGGCCGACCUGACCGGAGAGCUGAUGCGGAUGUGCAUCAGCAGCGUGGGCAACGGCGACAUCGACACGCCCUUCCAGCUCAGCCAGUUCCUGCGGCAGAUCCACGACGGUUUCUCCUACAUCGGCAACACGGGCCCGUACGAGGUGUCCAAGAAGCUGCACACGCUGCGGCAGAGCCUGGGCAAGGUGGAGGACGCCUGCUACACCCUGCGCGUCCGCGGCUCAGAGAUCCCCAAGCACAUGCUGGCCGACGUGUUCUCCAGCAGGGCCGCUCUCAUCGACCCUGACGAGGGGGUGGCGUAAACCCUGAGCACUUUUUUACACACCUCACCUCACCACUGUAUGGUGCAAUCGUUUCUCUCAGUUGUGCUACGGUGUCAUGUUUGCAUAUGUGUUUUUUUUAUCGGGUUCAGCUGUUGUCUUAGAUGUUUCACGAGAUGCUUUUUAAUUUUGUUUUGUGUCAGUGCACACAGGUUAGAAGUUAUAACAGGAAGUGCCAGUGUCAGCCAAGGAGAGAGAUAUUCUCCAACAAAGGUUUCACAGCUACACCACUACAAUAGACAAAGGAUUUUUUUUUCUUCUGUUUUUGAUAGAGAUCUGAUGACUCGGUUGUUUUGCAUUGAAGUUGGAGACCAUGAAUAAAACGAUUCAUGCUUCUAAAAUGACA